UUGAAGUACAAGAGAGCUCGCACACUUCUGCAAACCAGUCACACAGGACCAAUUCUUAGAGAACACACUUAUGCACACACACUUCACACCAAGAUACAUAUUUUCCCAUUUGUCUUCACUCCAUUUGCCACAAUGUGCUGUCUUAUAGUUCCUCUACUGAUUAGCUUCAUUGGUUCCAUCUCCUGUGUUCAGUUUAUGGCACCACUCAACAUGGGUGGAGUCAUAGGUCAGGUUGAAUUUAACUCUACAUCCAAGACUGCGACUGUCAACGUUUCUGGUGCCGGAACGUGUAGUACCUUAAACCUUUCCCUCACCGAGUUUCCUGUCAUGUACGGCCACUUUGCUGAUCCAUGCGCUGUGGCAAACAUUGGCUCUAGUAUUUUCACAUUCACUGCCAAUUCCACAUUCACUGCCAACAUCAAUGUGUCAAGCCUGUUUGAACAGCGCUCAAACCUAGAUGACCUCUCGUUAACUCUGAAGACCUGUAACAACACUCAUGUAUGUACCGUUGUAAGUCGAUAUCAAACAGUCUUGACAAGUCAGGCCAGGUUCACUAGAGAGAUUGCAGGUAAUGUUUAUAUCCGCCACAACGUUGGACUGAACAACUCACGGCUCCUUAUAGAUCUUGUUACAAUCGGUCAAGUCAAUGCAUCCUCGACCAACAUGACACUCUUUGGCUCAGCAAGCUCAGCCACAAGCUGCAAUGUUCUUCUUGGUAGUUUAGAUGCCUCAGCUUUAACAAUUCUGAGUGUCAUCAACAUUGGAACUCCUUUGCAACCUGAGAAAUCUCGCCUGGACUUAACUGACUACGAGAACAGCACAUCUUUUCUCAUCCUUCGCCCAGGUUCAACCUUUGUAUGUGCUAAGAUCUAUAAUGUGCCAGAGAAACAAGUGAGUGCUCUAUUUGAUAUGAAAGGGAUAAAUGGAUACAUCAGCUUUCGCCAGGCUUCCCCUUUUGAUCGGACAGAGUUGAAGCUCAACCUGAGUAACUUGCAGAGCAGGGUCGGUCCUUUUCAUGUCCACAAUUUUCCUGUCCCUUCAGGCAGGUCUUCUUCCUCAAACCUGUGUUCCAACGACAAUGUGGGUGGCCACUGGAAUCCAUUUGGUAUCAACACAAGCGCCCCAACAUACCCCACCGGACCUGGAUCAACACAUGACCUGUAUGAGGUUGGAGACCUCGGUUCAAAACAUAUGUCUCUUGCCACUAAAAACGAAGUGACUAUGACGUUUGAAGACUUCAACCUCCCUCUUUUUGGACGGAACAGCAUUGUUGGUAGGUCCAUUGUGAUUCAUCUAACAGAUGGUGCCAGGUAUGUCUGCGCCAGCAUUGGAUAUCCUGGUGAAGUCAUUGUUGCCAGAGCUAGGUUUAGGAGCCCAUUGGUUGGUGACAUGUGGUUCACCCAGCUGAAGGACAACCCCUUAUCAGACGUAUCCACCUUUGUGGAUUUGUCAUAUGGAAACCCCACAAUGGCCUCAACCAGAAACCAUAACUGGCAUAUCCACAUGUACCCCAUCAGUUCAGAGAGGGAUGAUGAUGAGACAAGGUGCAGCACAACAGGAGGUCAUUGGAACCCUUUCAGCAUCAACACAGAAGACAGCAGUUAUGCUCUUCACUGUGGCCCAUUGACUCCAGUAGCCUGUGAAGUUGGAGACUUUGCCAAUAAACACAGUGUCCUUACCGUCACUGCCAGAGUUGGAGGAGUGGAAGCCAAAAGUUUCUUCACUGAUGUCACUUCCUGGUUGCAAGGGUCAGGCAUUAUUGGUCGUUCUGUGGUCAUACAUGAGGCAGAAAGAGGAGGUCCAAGGAUUGCGUGUGCAAAUAUUACUAUGGUGCGUGUACCCAAAGCAAGUCUAGGAUCUUGGUUUGGCCCUGGCGUGUCAAAUGGACAAAUUCAGUUCUCCCAGUCUGUCCCAAAUGGCCCCACAAAUGUAUCUGUGUCCUUGUCCAACCUGAAUGCCAUGGCUGGUGGCUACCAUGUUCACAUUUUGCCCAUCAAACCAAACAGGACAGAACCAUGCUCAGAUGCAAACAUUAGGGGACACUACAACCCGCUGUCCGUCAACAUAACACAGUCCCCUGCGCCUGGAAAUGGUACUGUUGACCAGUAUGAGAUAGGUGAUAUUAGUGGAAAAUUUGGGCUGCUGACUCGCCUCAAUGAAUCGCAGGAGAUGUAUGUAGACAGCAACCUACCAUUAACAGGGCCUCACAGCAUCGUGGGAAGAUCUGUGGUGAUUCACUACAGCAAUGGAUCAAGAAUGCAAUGUGCUGACCUAACUGCUGACAGAAAUACAGAUGGACAAUGGACCAUUGCCAAGGCUAUGUUUAAAGGCUCUUUGAAUGGGACAGUCAGAAUGCUCCAACAAAUGUUUCCUGAUGGAAGUAGCGGUGAUACCACCCUGGAGGUGAAUCUACAAUCUGGAAACCUCACAGAGGCUUCACUGUUCAUAUCAAAUAACCUUAUCGGCGCUGAUGAUAAUAGCCAGUGUAACACUUACCAGGGAACUUAUAAUCCUUUUAACAUGACAUCGCUGAGUUCUAGCUGCUCUCUUGACAACCCUCUGAGCUGUGUGGUUGGGGAGUUGUCCGCAAGACACGGCCCAGUCAGCCUGAGGGAGGAACAGCUCUACACUGACAGCAUCAUACAGCUUUCUGGGGAUCACACAGUUGUCAACAGAUCUUUGGUGCUGAAGGAUGGUGAGGACAUCAUUGCAUGUGCUGACAUUAUCCCAGAAUCUCCCUCAGCAGAUCAGACCUUCCCCAGAGUUGUAACUUUCAACAGAUAUGAAUUCCGCAGUAAUGUUGCAAAUGUCCUGCAGAUCGAAACAGCAAGAGUGACCCUCUUGGGCUCCUCUCCCACAUCUGUAGUUGAAGGACGAUGCCAACAAGUAAGCUUCAUGGUAUCAGGUGAUGUCAGUACAGAGCUUCUGAGCGCUGUCAAAACCAGUGAGCAGAUGGGAAGGUUCAGAGAGUCAGAUGAAUGCAACCCUAGAAGUGGGGCUGGACUGCUGGCACCCACAAACAUCCUCGUCAGCUUGAUGUUUGUUGCAGGUCAUCUCCUUCCUUCUACAAUUUGAGUAUUGUUCACACCUACUGCCACUGCCACACAAAGGAUCAGCCUCUCCUUCAUCCGUAUGUUGAAUGUGUUCAUGGAAUGAAGUGCACCAUAAUGUGGUCAUCUGACUUUUACAAGUUAUGUAAUAACAACAUUCUUAUUCGAUACUUAUACUUAUUUGACAAACCUAAUUUUUAAAGUAUCUAACCUGUAUUUCCAAUGUCAUUUGCACUGUUACAGUACUGGCUGUUAUUUGUUUUAACAUUCCUAGACUCCUGCCUGGAUGUAUGCAAUAUGCAUUUUUCUGUAAAUCUGUAUUACAUGUGUGCGUGUGUGUGUGUGUGUGCGCGCACACCUAAAUAAAGUCCACUGUUUGUAAA